UGAGUGAGCGGUUCGAAAAAAGAAGAAGAAGAAGAAGAAGAAGAAGAAAAAAACAUCAACAAAGGGGAGAGAGAGAGAGAGAGAGAGAGGGAGAGGGAGAGAUCGCUGCAAAAUGCUCCACGAGCUUUUGCUCGCGCUCCUCGGCUUCACGGGCGACUUCGUCGUCGACUCGCGGGAUCGCUACGAAACCCUAGCCGCCGGCGCCGGCGCCGGCGCCUCGGACGGCGAGCCCACCUUCGAGCUCGCCCCCGACCUCUCCUUCAUCCACCCCUCCGAGAGGAGUGUUAUUGAAAGGCUCAUACGUUUAGGCUUUUACUAUAGGGAACUGAACCGCUUUGCAACCACCUCUCGUGAUUUAAGUUGGAUUCAAUCCAGUGUCGAUAUUCCAUUGCCUCAACCUAGCAAAAGUCAGAGGGGAAGAAAGGGGAGUGCUUACAGGAGGGCAAUUGCGAAUGGCAUUGUCGAGAUUUUAUCUGUUUACAGGGCUGCUGUUCUGCAGGUUGAGCAGAAUCUCUUAUCGGAUCCUUUGCCUAUUCUAGCAACCGUAACUCGAGGCCUCAGCAAGUUUGAGGUUCUUUUGCCGCCUCUUUUCGAGCUUAUUACGGAGAUUGAACGGGAGGAUAUUAGAGGAGGACAGCUUCUCAACCUUUUGGAUAAACGGUGCCAUUGUGGAGUGCCAGAGUUGCAAAAUUGCAUUCAAAGGCUCCUAUGGCAUGGACAUCAGGUCUUGUAUAACCAACUUGCUUCUUGGAUGGUAUAUGGAAUUCUCCAAGAUCCACAUGGUGAAUUUUUCAUCCAAAGACAAGAUGACAGAGAUGGGGAGAGCGAAUCAUCUCAUCCUGAUGUGAUUGAGAAGUUGAUGCAUAAAUCAACAGAUGAUUCAAUUCUAACUGAUUGGCACUUGGGAUUUCAUAUAUCUCUGGACAUGUUGCCAGAAUAUAUACAUAUGCGUGUUGCAGAAUCAAUUCUUUUCGCUGGAAAAGCAGUGAGGGUUCUUCGAAAUCCUAGCCCUAGUUUCAGAUUAAAAGAAUCUUUUGUGCACAAUCCAAAUGUGAAAGGGUCUCAUAGAGUUCAAGGCUUUCUUGGAAAUUUUGCUACCCUGAAGGAGUUGCCUGAUUCUUCCAAUCUUAUCACAGAAGAUUUACUACCCCAAUCCGAGGCUGAUAAAAUUAAUGCAAUGCUUCUAGAAUUGAAGCAUUCAUCUGAAUUCCAUAAAAGACUGUUUGAAUCUGCUGUAAGUUCAAUUCGUACAAUCGCAGCAAAUCAUCUAUGGCAGCUUGUGGUUAUUCGGGCCGACUUGAAUGGCCAUCUGAAGGCCCUUAAAGAUUAUUUUCUCUUAGCCAAAGGCGAUUUUUUCCAGUGUUUUUUGGAGGAGAGCCGUCAAUUAAUGCGUCUACCUCCUCGUCAAACUGCUGAAGCAGAUCUUAUGGUCCCAUUUCAGUUGGCUGCACUUAAAACUAUUGGCGAAGAAGACAAGUACUUUCCAAGAGUAUCAUUAAGAAUGCCGUCAUUUGGAGCUAAUGUAACUGCUACUCAAAAGGAUUUUCCUACAACAAAGGUUACUUCUGAUGUGUCUCAAAAAGACUUGCCACUCGAUGGUUGGGAUGCAAUUUCUCUCGAAUACUUCAUUGAUUGGCCUUUACAGCUGUUCUUUACUCAAGAGGUCCUUUCUAAGUACCGCAAGGUUUUCCAGUAUUUGAUCAGACUGAAGCGAACCCAGAUGGAGUUGGAGAGGUCUUGGGCUGCGGUAAUGCAUCAAGAUCAUGCUGAUUUUGCAAACUAUAGGAAGGACCGAAAGAACAACUCAGUUUCUCAACUGCGUCAACGCUCAAGCCCAAUGUGGCGAGUUAGGGAGCAUAUGAUUUUCUUGAUCAGAAAUUUACAAUUUUAUAUCCAGGUUGAUGUUAUCGAGUCCCAGUGGAAUGUUUUACAAGCUCAUGUGCAGGAUUCACAUGAUUUUACAGAACUAGUGAGCUUUCAUCAGGAAUACUUGUCAGCUUUGAUUUCACAGUCGUUCCUUGAUAUCGGGUCCGUUUCUAGAAUAUUGGAUAGCAUAAUGAAACUUUGCCUGCAGUUCUGCUGGAAGAUCGAACUAUAUGAAAGCAGUACAAAUCUGUCAGAACUAGAGCAUAUAACCGAGGAAUUCAGUAAGAAAUCCAAUUCUCUGUAUACAAUUCUGCGUAGCAGCCGUUUGGCUGGAAGCCAACGAGCGCCGUUUCUGAGGCAAUUUCUUAUGCGACUGAACUUCAACUCAUUCUUCGAGGCCACCGCGAGAGGCGUGCUGAAUGUGGUCAGGCCUCGCCCGACUCCCCCUGCCAUCCAGCAGUAACAAGCCCAUUGGUUCCGAAGGGUGUUUGCAUAUGUUGCGGCGUCAAAUUGAUUUAUUUUCUAAUGUUUGCGGAAGCCAUUGUGUGCUGAAUAUUUUCUAUCAUGUACAAUUAGUCUAUUGCUUCUCAAAAGAAAUAUACUUCUGCAAUUCUUUGUUU